GUACAUCCGCGUUUUGCGAAGUCGAAGCGACGGUUCGUCCGACCGUGCAGCGACCGUUGAUCGGUUGUCAGAACGCAAAUGACCGUUAGUUUUUCCGUUUAAAGUGAUGCGUUUGAAGCCCACAGCUUAUUUUACAUUUUUAAACCAAAAUUUUGCAACUUUGCACGACCUCAAACACAUCAAAUUCUUUUCAAAUAAGCACAAGAUGUUUUACUCUGUCACGGAUAUUCUUUAACACUCUUUUUCAGCUUCGUGUUUUUGAGCCUCGACACGAACUUUUCGAGACGAAUUUCUGAUAUUUAUCACUUUUGCUACGCAGUUAUGAAUGAAUGAGCUCUGGUACGCAUGCGCCAAACCCUUUUAAGUUUAUAAACAAGGCCUCCACGCAGCGGGUCACAUGACCAGUCACAGAGGUUUACUGUGUCGACUCAGAGACAAAGGAUUCCCUGAAGGCUGCCUAUAUUCUCCAUAUAUUCAUGUAACACAUGAAAUGUCUUGUAAUGAUUACAUGCACUGACGUGGCAUAAUAUGAUGAUGGAAGCUGAGUAAUCUGACCUGUAGCCAGUUUAAAAAAAAAGAAAGAAAGAAAGAAAACAGCAGAACAUUGUGGGAAUGGAUGAGUCCUUUGAUCCACUCAAGUGUAACGAAGACCUGUCGUCCUCACCUGGGUGCCACAUGGAUUAUGAUGACAUGCCAGAGCUGCAGGAGGUGGAAGAGGACCAGAGGUCUCCAGGGUUAUUUCAGGUUGGAGCAGGAGUAUCUCACCAGGAGCUUAGCUGCUCCCCCAGCACCAACUGGCUCGCCGAACUGGCCAACAUUGCCACCAGUCCUCAGAGCCCCUUGCUGAAGGACGCCCCACAUAAGAGAUCAUCUCCAGUCCACAUCUUUGGCAACAGUAAUAGUUUACAUUCCUAUGCCCGGCCCCCAUUAGCCAGUAGUGCACCCAACCCAUCCAGAGGCCACCUCAGGGAGCGCAGGCGUGUCAGGGCCAGCAGUGAAUCGGAGUCUGGAGUUUUUUCAAUGUCAUCAUCCUUUUCUGAUGACGAAGACAUGGCCUGGUCUCACUCCUGGCCCUCCACAGCCUGGCAUUGCUUCCUUAAAGGAACUCGCCUGCGCUUCCAUCGAGGUCCUAAUGUAGAGUGGCAGGAAGCUGAUGAGCUUGGGGAUUCAGAUGAUGACUCAGAUGACGAAACCAUGAUGUCAUCCUCUUCCUCUCCCAAGAGAUUCGGUUCAGAGGGGCUGAAGUUGGUGAGCCAUGAAGAGACAGUAUCUUUUGGCCAGGCAGUUCUUAAACUGACCUUUGACCCUGGCUCACCUGAUGAUGGCCUUUUAACUGCUGAAUGCCGACUAGAUCACCCAUUUUUUGUCAAAAAUAAAGGGUGGUCUUCCUUUUAUCCAAGCCUUACUGUGGUGCAUCAUGGGAUCCCUUGCUAUGAGAUGCAGCUUGGUGAUGUGUGCCUGCCACCAAACCACCCAGAUGCCAUUAACUGUGAUGACUCGGUCGUCUUUGACACUUUCAGAAGUUAUGACUUCACCCCCUUAGAUUCCUCAGCAGUAUAUGUUCUCAGCAGCAUGGCUCGUCAGCGCAGGACCUCCCUGUCCAGCGGGGGUGCUGUCAGUCCAGACUGUGAUAAACUUGAGCGCUCCAGCUCCCCACAAUCCUCAAGUAGCAAAUCGAACAGGAGCCACACCUCAGGGACAGCCAGCAGUGCCACGCCUACAAAAUGCAAGCGGCCAAUGAAUGCCUUCAUGCUCUUUGCCAAGAAGUACAGAGUGGAGUACACACAGAUGUAUCCUGGGAAGGACAACAGAGCCAUUAGUGUCAUCCUGGGUGACAAGUGGAAGAAGAUGAAGAGUGAGGAGAGGAGGAUAUAUACCAUGGAGGCCAAAGCUCUGGCUGAGGAGCAGAAAAGACUCAAUCCAGACUGCUGGAAACGUAAAAGAACCAACUCGGGUUCCCAGCAGACCUAGAUAAUCCCCCAGAAUCCCCAGGUGUUGGUGAUUUGGCAUGGAGAGGUGCUGGACAGAGUCUGAUGGACCGCUUGAUGCCUCUUUGCUCCCUGUAU